GUUGGCUGAUGUUCUGGCGGAAACAGAAAUCGAAUUGAUUUCGUUGAAGAAUAAAACUAAUGUCAAAAUGUUUUAUGCUAGUCGAUACGAUGAAAAGAAGGCGAAAAAUUCGGAAUUAUCUACGGCGACAUUAAACAACGGAAAUAAUAAUUCUUUUGCCGAAAGUAAUCUACCAUUAACAAGAAAAAGACAAAUCACAGGAGAAGGUUUAUCAACUUCUCCAAAUAAGUUUCCUAAACGAAGUAGUCUCGUAGUAAAACAAUGUGAUAAUAUGCCAAAGCCCAAAUUUACAAGAAAUAAACUUAAAUAUGUACAGCAUGACCUCACACAAGACUUACUCUCAGGCUUACGUAUGUGUCCUUUAAAUGGGCAUACUUGGUUAUGGAAUG